UAGAAAUUUCAGAGAGAUUGAAGAUGAGAAAGGUUCUGAUUUUCGGCAUCUCUUGUAGAAUAUAGUGCUAGAACUCAUGCCGAGAAGACAUUGGUAUCCAAAGACAAGAAACUGAAAAUGAAAAGAGAUGAAGUAGUUAAAAUUAAGAUCAUCCCUCCACCUGGCUGUGGGAAGAAAAUUUAUGAAAUUGAUCCACUUUUGCUCACUCACCACGACCAUCUUGAUUUCCGUUUCGGACGAUACUUGAGAUUGCGAGAGGAUAUCGACAAGCAUGAAGGUGGCCUAGAUCCAUUUUCUCGCUGCCAUGAAAAUUUUGGCUUUAGACAGAGUGUCACAGGAAUUACUUAUAGAGAAUGGGCACCAAAAGCUAAGCUUGACAUGUGUCUUAAAAAUGAUUGGAUAUUUUCUCAAUCAGCAGCAUUAAUUAGAGACUUCAACAAUUGGAAUCCAAAUGCUGCUGUAAUGACUCCGAAUGAAUUUGGUGUGUCAGAGAUCUUCUUGCCAAACAGUGCAGAUGGUUCACCACUAAUUCCUCAUGGAUCUCGAGUCAAGGAUGCAAAACAUGCAGUUGUCUGA